UUCCUCCUUUAAUUUUCUUUUCCUGUAAUAUUCCCAUUCUCUUUCUCUUUCUUAACCCUUUUCUUCAUAUUCUUCUUCUUCUUGUUUAGUUCUGAACUCUUUCGUGUUUCACAGUAAGAUUCAUCAGCUUUUUCUGAUUGAAAGCCCUCUGUGUUCUUCAAGGAAAUGACAAGGCAGAAGAUAGAAAUAAAGAAGAUCGAUAACAUUACAGCGAGGCAAGUAACGUUUUCAAAGAGAAGAAGAGGGCUAUUCAAGAAGGCUCAGGAACUUGCUACUCUCUGUGAUGCUGAGAUUGCCCUCAUAGUCUUUUCUGCCACUGGCAAGCUCUCUGAAUAUAGUAGCUCAAGUGUGCAGCAGGUUAUCGAAAGGCACGAUCAGCACUCAGAAAUUGAAAGAUUAUACCAUUCAUCCAUUUUGUAUGAAAAGGAAACCUUCAGCAUUCUCAGCAUGGAAGAAGCCAAUAAGGUUCAGGAACUGAGGCAGUUGAAAGGAGAAGAGCUUGAAGAAUUGAAAACGAAUGAAUUAAAGAAGCUUGAAGAACAACUAGAAAAAGGUUUGAGCCGUGUUGUCAAAGCUAAGGAAGAAAUAAUUAUGAAAGAGAUCAAUGCGCUCAAGAGAAAGGGAAUCCAGCUGAUGGAGGAGAAUCAGAGAUUGAAACAGGUGACGAAAGUUGGACAAAAACAAGGUCAGUCAUCUGAGUCAGCAACUAUCGGCAGCACAUCUGAUCCUCUCCAUGAGGAUCAUAGUUCAGACACCUCUCUCAGAUUGGGAUUGUCUUUGUUCAACUAAUACAUUAAAAAAAAAAAAAAAGAUGUGAGGCGACAUGGCAAAUACAUCACAAAUUUAAUUAACCAUUGUCGUGUACGGGACAAUUCCCCCAUUAUUAUUUCAUAGCAAGUUUGCUUAAUUUUUAUGUAAGUAGUUUUUUUUAUUAUAUAAAUGCGAGCAAAUGAUAUGUGUAUAUAUAAUAUAUAUACGCACGAGAAUGGUGUCGUAAUUUUGAAUACAAUUUUGUUUCCCUCUCUUGCUUCUUGCGAAUGUUUUUGUUUUUGUUCUUUGUUUUUUGUUUUUGUUCCAAAUGGAAACUGAAACUUAUAUAUUCAACCAAAAAAAAAAAGGUGAAUAAUUGAAGAUACAGAAUCAUUUUAGAAUCUCUCAAAUGUAUGUUAGCACAGACACGUG